CCACCCAGCGGCACACUGGGACUGUUUGAGGUGUGCAUGGAGUCAGACUGGCCGGUCCCAGACUGUCACGGUGGUCUGUCCACUCUGUCUCCACUGCCGUCCUUGCAGUCGGUGGCGGUGUUGGUGGGGGUGUCUCUGUUGGCGGUGUGGACCAGCGUCCUCUGUCUCUGUCUCUUCAGGUUCUGCAGCGCCGCAACGGUUUACAAGAUCUGCGCCUGGCUGCAGCUGACUGCAGGUUUCUGUCUGGCGUUGGCGUGUCUUCUGUUUCCUGACUCAUGGGAGAGUCAGGAGAUGAAAGCUCUGUGCGGAGACUCGGUGGGCAGCUUCUCUCCAGGUAACUGCUCAGUUCACUGGGCCUACAUUCUGGCCAUCCUGGGAGUUCUUGAUUAUGCCAUCUUGGCCACACUGGCCUUCGUCCUCGCCAACAGACAGGACGCCCUACUUCCACCAGAUACCCAGGAAUUGACCACAGGUCUGCUGAUGACAGCAUGAAUCAGCAGGGAUGUUCGGUCUUCAUUUCUUCAACUCCGCCCGACCUCUUCAUCCUCCAUCAUCAUCAUCAUCUGUUUCUGCAUUUCAUGGCAUGACUGUCUCCUUCAGCUGCAAUCGUUCAUUGCUGCAUGAUGUUUCCAGGAGGAGUUGUUUAGUGUUGAACAGAGGAAUGUAACAACAGGAGGAAAGAGGCUCUGCGGUGGUGAGUUCGGUGUUCAGGACAUUCGGUCGCUGUUCAGUUGAAGAAAAAUGGUGAGAAAACGAGCGAGAUGGAGUAAAUCAAAGGAGAACUAUAAGCCCCUUUUAGCCUCCAGUUUUUAUCUUCACUCUCACAUUAGUGAUACCGUCAUAACACCUGUGUCAGCAGGCUGGACCCACCUCCAAUAGAUGCCGUCAGCACAGGUCGUUUGAGUUGCAGGUGAUUUUUUUAUUUAUUUAUUUUUUUAACUAACCACUGGGAGCAAAAUGAAGUGUUGGUACUGGAUGAGCACAGUUAAUAGAUUACUACAUAGUAACAUUUCUACACAGUGUGGCAAUCAAUCAGGACAACUUUAAAGCAGAAACAAAUUCGUCCCACGCAUUAAAUUAAAAUAUAUUUGGGAUAUUUUGUAGAAAAAACUUAAGUCAGCAAAUUGAAGGAAAGUCUUAGAUUUCUUUACCGACUUCCUGUUCUGUCAAGCCUUAUGUUUAAGACAGUUUAGUAACUGUUUCUGCAGCUUUUAAAAUUUACAAAAGUUGUAGAAGAAAGAAAGAAAAUCUGCUUUGUAGUUAAAAGUUAAAACUCCAGUUAACAGCCUAGAGUUGAUAUGUUAAAUCUGAUAUUUUGGGGUGAAACUGUAUCCACGCCACUGUCUUUCCAUUUGGACAGGCUUUAUGUUAAUAUGAAACUUGUUAUACUGUUGCUUUUUGUUUGACUUUUAAGCUACAUUAACUAACUAAUGGUGUUGAAUAUUCAUGUUAAACAUGAUGUUGUAAAGGUAAUCCCUGUGACUUCCCCGCAGAUUUCAAGAUGAACGUGUGGCCCAGCACUGAUGAGAAGCACAAUUGUUAGACAGUAUUAUUCUACCCUUAAAUUUGGUCUUGCUUGGUAGUUAAGUGUCCAUGUUUUGUUCGCUGAAGAACGAAGUCCUUUGCAAAUCAGUGCCACAAAUCUGUGUGCGUGAGCCAAGCGUAUUCGCUGUACUAUUUAGAGUACUCAUUUUUCUCUUAGCUCAACCUUUAGGGACUUGUAUGGAGAUGGGAAUGAGCUAAAUAGACCCACUUAAAUGUAAAAGUGACGGCAGGUCACUUUGAUGGAUUUAGGUCUGAAAAGGUUUUAAAAAGGUUAAAGAAUAAAAGGAGAGGGCUGCUGUGACAAUAUGUUAGGUCUGAAGAUCAGUGGUCCUAUGUUGUAUAAAAUCAUCUUAUGUCAUUUUUCAGCAUUUAUUAAGUAAAACAUUGUUUUAAUCAAAGUGGUUAACCUAGCUUAGCACAAGCACUAGAAGCAAGGGAGACUGUUGGCUAGCAUAGCCAGAUUUAUCUUAAAUGUGUCCUAGAUAGCAGUAGCUUCUACCACUAAUGUAUUCAGCAUGAAUAAAAGUCUUAUUUACAUUGUAUAUCAUAUUAUCUAACAGUUUGUCAUUAGGAGUCAGAAUGAAGUUACCAUUAGCUUUAUGAUAUACGCCUAUGCUUCCAGCCUGAUUUUUAGCUAGGUUAGCUUGCUUUGAGUUAGCUACAAGUUCAUUUAGAUUUGUGUUAGCUUAAGGUGUUUAAAUGAAUAAAGUGCUCCUACAGGAUUAAUAGUACUAGAUGGAUUGUUAGUAUACAUUACCCUUCAUGUCUAGCUAGCUUCUUUAGUCAACUAAACCUCUUUGAUUUCCUUUCUAGCUAACACGCUUAAGCGCUGCAUCUGAAAUCAUCUAUUCAUUAGGAUAAAAUCCAAAUUAUUUACUAACCAACAACUUGUGCAAUAACCCUUCAGUCUCAAUGUAAAUGAGCAGUCGAGGUCAGAAGUUUAUAUACGCUCAUCUGUAAUAAUUUCUUUGAAAUGUUCGUUUCAUCAAAUGAUCAUACAGCAUACGUCUUUAAUGACUGUUAAAACAUAAGUUUGAAAUAUAUUAUUAGGACCUAUUAGCAGCUUAAAGAAGUAAAUAAAAGCCCCAAAUUACCAUGACAUUCAUGCACACGAGUGUCUAUAUAAACCUGUAAGAGUUCACUUUGGUAGGCAUAAACACACAUGUGAAUGACAUACCGAGUCUGUGUACGGGAGUAGGUUAGAGUUGGGUAUGGGAUUUCAGAUGCAGCGCGGUUCUUUGUGCUAAGCUCAGCUAACCACAGAGAUAAAACUGAUGGAGAGCAUUAGUGUUUGCUGUCAGCAUGACCUUUGACCUGUAAGGUACAUGAAUAAAUGUGUUCCCUUCUGUGUUUAAAAUGUUUUUGUUGUUAAUGAGAUUAUGCUGUGUCUUUAUUAGAUUCAGUUUAACUUAUUUUUUUCUCCAUAGACCAGACAUGUGUUUAUUGGAAAACAGUUUUUUGGAAUGAUUCAAAAGUUUUUCUGUUUCAAUGUUUUAUUAAAAUGUAACAAAGCUGUUAAGUGGAAUGAGUUAUUU